AUGACACUAUUUGAGGCUCUAUAUGGAUGGAAGUGUAGGACUCCUUUGUGUUGGUAUAAGACUGAAGAAAUGAUUCUGUGUGCACCAGACAUGGUCCAGAGACAAAAUGGGCAAAUCAAAAUGAUUAGAGAGAAGACGAAGGUUGCACAAGAUCGGCAGAAGAGCUAUUAUGAUAAGAGGAGAAAACCUUUAGAGUUCCAGGUGGAUGACCAUGUGUUUUUGAAGGUCUCACUGGGGACCGGAGUUGGGAGAGCACUAAAAUCUAGAAAGUUGUCUCCUAUGUUCAUUGGACCGUUCAAAGUGCUGAGUAGAAUCGGUGCUGCAGCGUAUCGAAUAGCAUUACCUAUGAAUCUCUCAAAUCUACAUCUGGUGUUCCAUGUCUCUCAAAUCAGGAAGUAUGUGUUGGAUCCCUCCAACGUGAUUGAUCUUGACCCAGUUCAGGUAAGGGAGGACUUAUCCUACGAUGUGUAUCUGGUGAAGAUUGCAAAUCAUCGUGUUAAGCAUUUGAGGGGCAAGGAGAUCUCAUGGGUGACGGUGAUAUGGAGCUCGAGUGAUAAGGGAGAUGCCAUAUAA